AUGGAAAAAUUAACUCAUUGUCCUUUCAAAACCAGUAGAGGUAUAAUUCGUUUAGCAAUAUCUAAUCCUUUUAAAGAAACAAGUUUACAGAAAAAAUGGAAUAGUGAAAAGAAAUUUAUCAACAAAAACAAUUAUUUUCAAAAGAUAAAUUUCACCUGUUCCUAUCAACAUGUAGGAAACAAUUUAAAAGAUUGGGGAAAAUCAUCAGAAUUACCAAUGAAUUUAAGAAAGACUGAUCUAGAUAUCACGGAAUUUAACGAAACAAAUUGUGAAUCUCGAAUAGAAGAAUGGGAGCCUUAUGCUAAAAGAUAUACUAUAUGUUUAGCAGCAUGUUUAAUAAAAUACAAGUCAUGA